AUGCAGCUCAUAUGGCUAGACAUGCCUAAGACACUGGAUUACUGUGGCAUCUCCUUCGUUGACCUGCAGAAGUACAAGAAGCUAGUCUCUUCCUCCCAAGCAGGAGACAUCAGUGCCGUCCGUACUCUUUUGCAGGCUGGGGUAUCGCCCAACCCCCCUGGCACCUCACUGGUGCAAAUGUUCCCCUGGUUCAGCCCGUUACAAGCUGCGAGCCGUGGAAACCACCGCGAGGUCAUCACUCUCCUUCGAGAGUUUGGGGCGAAGCUCCCAAAACAUGAUUCGAAUGCCGAAAUGGAAGCCACGGAUGUUCUUCGCCUUCUCUGCACCGGGGAUACUGAUGGCGAGACUGUCAGUUUGUUAGCUCGCCAUGCACGCAAUGCCGGGAUUGAGUGGGAUGGGAAGAGACUGGCACACCAGGCCUGCACACUUGGUCUCGACCUCUCGAGAAUCUCCAAUCUGAUCAGCAGCAAUCUCUGGUCCGAUGAACUUGCACCUUAUACAUCUCCUCAAUAUACUCCGAUUGUGAGCCUCAUUUCUGGGCCUCUCGACCGUGGCAGGAACCCUAGUCCCGAAGACUAUAAAGUGCUCCGCUUCAUGCUCAGCGAUGAGGAGAGAAGAAACAAUCCGUGCAACUUCGAGGGGCAUUAUCCCAUCCAUCAGGCAGUAAGCAAUGGUGGCGUGGAAACCGUGCGUAUUCUUUUGCAGGAAUUCGGCGCAGACCCUAAUUGCUUCACCAACACUAGGGUUACGCCCCUGAGGCUUGCCGUUGACAGACUGCUGCGUAUUGAAAGCAAGGCUGGCGGUGAAGACAGUUUCGCCAUCUUGAAACUUCUUCUGGAUAGCGGCGCCUCACCCAGGGACAAUGCGGACACUUUCACAUACGCAGUACUGCUUGAUUCACCUGCAGUCAGGAUCCUAUUCGACACCUGGGUGGCCAGAUUUGGGCUGCGCCAUGAUUCUGAACUGCUUCUUACUGCUGCAGCAGCCCUCGGAGAUGUCCCCAUGAUCCAAAGGCUGUUGCUUCUGUGUGAUGCCCAGCCUAGUCUCUUCAGAUUCCACAGCAAAGCGCCAGCGCUGGACAAAGCCACCAAGUUCAACCAUUAUGAAGCAGCCAAGGUCCUUCUCCCCCAUAUAACGCCCGACGCUCUUCAAAGCACUUACAACCGGAGUUAUUCCCUUACCUCGGCCUUGCACCGGGCUAUCGAGCACAGCAACGAAGCAAUAGUGCAGCUUCUACUUUCCUGCUACCGCACUGGGGAACUACUCCACUGUUCCGGUCUCAUAUGCACAGCUAUUCUUUAUCAACCGCCGAGUAUCGUGUCGAUGAUUCUCGAUCUUGUGCCCGGUCCAAUAUCCUCCUACUACGCACAAUACAUUCUCGACUUCGCCGCGGCAGCACGAAACUACGAGGUGCUAUUGCUGUUGAUAGACCACAUCGAAUCCCACGAGAUCGUAUCAGAUCCAACGCCAGACACUGUAGCAAUUCUUGGGGACUGGGGGCCACGCCAGCGCCUCGCUAACCCCUUGGUCACUGCCGUUGAAAACAGCCAUCGGUCCGUGGUCCAAGCUGUUAUCAAACACUGGCCGGGCUACGUGAAUGAAAAGACAGCAGGCGGUAUUUGGCCGCUUCUGAUGGCCGUUUGGUCAGGUCGUCGCGACAUUGUCCGCGUCCUACUUGCUGCUGGAGCAGAUCCCAAAGCCUGCUACACCCCUCCAACCGACCCGGCCCUCCCAUCAGGUUCAAGUCUAAUGUGGGAGGCGGCGUUCAAGGGUCACACACAUAUUAUGGAGCAAUUGGUAGCCUCUGGCUGCGACGUUGACGCCAGACAUCCUGGCCUUGAUGACUGGACAUUGCUAUCAUGGGCCUCUUGCAGAGGGCCGGCAAGCUUGGUCCGGGCUCUCCUCGAGCACAAGGCCAACGUCCAUGAGAGAGAUAGUAAGGGUCGCACAGCGCUUUCAUUCGCCGCCAUCCACGGGAGAGCCGAUAUAGUCCGGAUUCUGAUUCAGGCCGGUGCGUGUGUAAAUGCGGUUGAUAACCAAGGCAGGACGCCAUUGAUUCUCGCCUUAAAACAUGGCAUCGAUUUGCCGAGACGAUCGCUUUUCCACGGUUGCGAGCCUAGGCCCGCAGAGGUGGAAAAGAAAGUCGAGGAUAAAGUGCAUGCAGCCCGUGUUCUUUUGGACAGCGGGGCUGAUAUGAGUAUGAUGUGCCAGGGCCAGGGCCAUCACGGAGCUCGGCGGUGUCAUUGCCUUGCGGAAAUCAGGCAUCUCCCGUUGCUGCAGUUCUAUUUUGACCAUGGUCUGACUAUUGUGGAUGAGGUUGAUGAUAGAGGCCGUACGCUGAUGCACUACGCUGUUGAGAGUGGCAAUCACGCUAUGGUACGAUUCCUUGUAUCUGCAGGGUUUGAUAUCUUCAAGGCGGAUGGCGAGGGAAAUACGCCUCUCUAUUUCGCGUCAGACGAUGAGAUGGUGGGGAUCUUGUAUUGGAAAAGGUGA